CUGCCGAACUGGACUGUCGUUUUUUUUUUUUUUUUUUAAUAAUUAUUUUAAAUUGUAUUAAUUUUUCCGGGAGAUGGCUGCGAUCGCCAGCUCCCUGAUCCGGCAGAAACGCCAGGCGAGGGAAUCGAACAGUGACCGGGUCUCUACUUCCAAACGCCGCCCCAGCCCCAGCAAAGACCCCCGCUCUCUCUGUGAGAGGCAUUUCCUGGGGGUGUUCAGCAAAGUCCGCUUCUGCAGCGGCAAGAAAAGACCGGUUCGGCGACGACCAGAGCCACAGCUGAAAGGCAUUGUGACGCGAUUGUUCAGCCAGCAGGGCUUCUACCUGCAGAUGCAGCCGGAUGGAACCAUCGACGGCAGCAAGGACGAAAACAGCGACAACACCCUGUUUAAUCUUAUUCCCGUGGGUCUGAGAGUGGUGGCCAUCCAGGGGGUGAAGAGUGGUUUCUACAUCGCCAUGAAUGGCGAGGGCAUGCUCUACAGCUCGGAGAUGUUCACACCAGAAUGCAGGUUUAAGGAGUCCGUUUUUGAAAACUAUUAUGUGAUCUACUCGUCCACUGUGUACCGGCAGCAGGAGUCGGGUCGAGCCUGGUUCCUUGGUCUCACAAAGGAGGGACAAGUCAUGAAGGGCAAUCGGGUCAAAAAGACAAAGCCCUCAUCACAUUUUGUGCCCAGGCCUAUUGAAGUCUGUAUGUACAGGGAGCCGUCGAUGCACGAGAUAGAGGACAAACACCGCUCCAGGAAGAGCUCAGGGACUCCCACCAUGAAUGGAGGCAAAGCUGUCAACCAGAACUCCACAUAGCACCAGGGAGACGGGCUUCCAGCGGGGGGGGACGUGGCCUCAUCCUGACUCAGGGGAAGAGGCCAACAGGAAAAUUAACACCCUUCUUCAAAACUACAAAACCAUCACACCUUCUCAAACAAAGGUGUGAGGACGAAAACGAGGAGCGGUCACUGUACAAGACGACACAAACCGAACUCUUGCUUGUGAAAACAUUUUAGAUGAAUUAAGAUGAAACCUGAGAAAAUAUAUACUUGACCAAAAUUUUAUGCAAAACAGAAAACAGGCUGUUAAAC